CCCAGUAGAGGGAGAAAGAUGGCGCCCACACAUGUACUGAGAUGCUGUCAACGGGGUUUAGCGUGGAUACCUGUGAUUUUUAUCGCGCUGGUCGUCUGCUGGUCGUACUACGCUUACGUGGUGGAGCUCUGUAUAUUCACCAUCCCCAAUAUAGGAGAGCAGAUUGUCUACCUGAUCUUCUUCCACCUCUCUUUCGUCAUGUUUGUAUGGUCUUACUGGAAGACCAUUUUCAGCCAGCCUGCCAACCCCUCCAAAGAGUUCUGCCUGGCCAAAGUUGAGAAGGAGCGCUACGAGAAGGAGGAGAGGCCAGAGUCCCAGCAAGAGAUCCUGUGGAGAGCCGCCACCAGUCUGCCUAUGUACACCCGCACCGGAGCCGGAGCGAUCCGCUAUUGUGACCGCUGUCAGGUGAUCAAGCCCGACCGGUGUCAUCACUGCUCCGCAUGCGACAUGUGUGUGCUGAAGAUGGACCACCAUUGUCCCUGGGUGAACAACUGCGUCGGAUUCUCCAACUACAAGUAUUUCAUCCUCUUCCUGGCUUACUCGCUGGUGUACUGCCUGUUCAUCGCGGCCACCGUACUGCAAUAUUUCAUAAAGUUCUGGACACUUUGCCGGAAGAAAUCGGCAGAGAACUGCCCAAAGAAUGAGCUGCCAGACACUCAAGCCAAAUUCCAUGUCUUGUUUCUCUUUUUUGUGGCGGCCAUGUUCUGCAUCAGUAUUCUGUCCCUCUUCAGCUACCACCUGUGGCUUGUCGGGAAGAACAGGUCCACUAUAGAGGCGUUCAGAGCACCAGUCUUUAGGACGGGCUCGGAUAAGAACGGCUUCUCUCUUGGUUUCCGGAAGAAUAUCGCUCAGGUCUUUGGAGACCAGAAGAAGUACUGGCUGCUGCCGAUCUUCACCAGUCAGGGAGAUGGUCUGACGUUCCCAACGAGGCUGGUCAACACAGCAGAUGUAGAGCAGGCCACAGUGACCCUGCAGCCGGAGCCCAGUAAAAGUGCUGACGAUGUCCCCGUGAGCCCCGUGAGCCCCGUCAGCGAGUCCCAGAACCGCCUCCUGAGCAACGACCAGCAUGCCAACAACAUCGGAGAGCAUCAGGCUAAUAACACCCUCAAACCAGCUGAAAGUGAAACCAUCACAAUCUCCAUGGAGAGCGAGUCCUAACCGGGUAGACGAGAAACUCCUCAGUCGUCUAAUAUGAUGCCUUAAGCGACGCAACGGUUUAGUUUGUCACCAUGGCAACGGUCUCCCAGUGCAACCCCAUCCCCACCGACCCAUUCAGAGUAACUAUGGAAAUGCAUCUUUUUUUUAUUUCGCCCAGCACAGUAAUGCAUCUAUGGCAUUGGCAUUAUUGCAUGCAGUGUCGUACGCAGAUCUCACAUCUACCCUCAUUGGACAUGAUGCAAUGCAAGCUUGUUCCCUCUCUCUCUCUCUCUCUCUCACACACACACACACGCACACAAACACAUGCUAAUACUCAUACAUUCAACUGCACACAUAUUUCCUUGUGUUGUUUGGUUUUAUUUUUCUCGCAAGUGGAGCAUUUACUGAUGAUGAGCAAAUUCAAGAAGCUACUUUUUAUUGUUUUACUGAGAAACUUUUUGACGCCUCCUGGCUGCACCAGGACUCAUUUUAUCGGCACAGAGCUGCAGUGAAGAGUGGGCGACGAGCUGGAGCAGUGUGUUUGUCUUCUCUCGCACUUUUCUCGCACUUUUUUUUUUCAGUACAUCCCGAAGAGAUGGAUCAGUUUACCUGUGUGACAGUUUUUUGUCUUUUUUUAAAAAAAAAAAAAUUUAUUCAUAAUGUUGGAGCACAUCUGUGGUCUGCAACUUUUUCAGAUGGAUGUUUCCCACCAAAACCUGGACUAUCUUACAGAGCACUCUGCUGCAUGGUUCAGUGGACUGAACCAGUGCACAACAGGGAGGACUGUAGCUGGGUUUUGGAUGGCGUUUUGGAUAUCAGAGCACAAGGUGGUGCAUUUGCACUUAGUAGAUUAUCAAUAUCCAUCAAACAACGUGCUGCUUUUUUUUUUUUUUUUUUUUAAUAAUCAUGUCCAAAAAGCAUCCCAGGUGUAACGGAUGUUGGACGAUCAUGUGAUUUAUGGCGUAUUGUUUCUGAGAAUGUGUGUAACAGUUGAAGUGGCAGUCCUUGUUUUUAAGAACUAAAAUAAUCGGCUUAAAAAGUUUUCUUGUGGCCAACUUGUGUUGAAACAUGCUGCUUACGAAUGACCUGGAAGAUGCAUUACAAACAGUGCAAUAUGCAGCAUCCGUCACUUCCUUUGUUCUUUUCCAGUCAUGAGUCAGUAUGUCAAUAUGCCGAUCAGUGACUCUUAUCCCGUAAUGUCUACAGCCUGUGUUUUUCUACAGCUCACUGUUUCAGCCUUUACUAAGACACCAACACUCAUUGCCAAAUAAGGGCUGACCCGUCAGGAGCUCUGACCUCUGAACCUGAAGUGUUUACAACAUCCUAGCUUUAUCUCAAACUCACCGGUCAAUGUUAUCGCAACCAAAUUCUCAAGUCGUGGUGGCGCAAUAUUUUAUACAAGGUGUGCCUGUAGCGGGUCAUGAUGUCCUUGCAAUACCAAGUGCUGGCCAGCAGGUGGCACAGCCCCCGUUAUCUGCCCUCCUUCAGAUGGAACUUCCUCAACAUGUGGCUCAGGGCUCAAUUCACUUUCAGUCUAAUUUGCAGGUGCAGCUUUCUUCAGAAUUAAAAAAAUUUGAUUAAAAUGCA